UUGCAGAAUAGCACGAUUUACCAUUAUCGCUACAGACAUUGCUAUUUUUCAUUAUGCAAAGAAGCAAUCACUCAGGAGUAUUAAAUAUUUAUUAUGCAUGGGUACCUACUUUCGUAGGAUUGUGCGCGAAUAACAUACCGUGAAAUCUUGAGAAAGUCACCCUCGUUGCUGCCGGACCACAAGAGCUCGGUGGUAGUGAAGAACGAGGGCCGGAAGCUUUCGAAAGCGCCGACGUCGCUGCAGCAUUCGCAGAGCCUGAAGAUCAUGCUGUAUUUAGGCGUGCAGUCGAUGCCGCCGCAGCACAAGCCGUACGAGUACCGAAGCCCGACGCAGAGUCCGCACCAUCUUCAUCACUUGGACAGGCUACAGGCGACGAAGAGUAUACCCCAGAGCCAUCACCGGAGCAGUAGCGGGUCCACGACCCCGGCGCAUCAUACCAGUCCUCUCCAGCAACCCGGUCAAACGGUGCGACACGCGCAACCGAUUAUCAACGUGGCGCCACGUGCAAAGAUCAAGCAGCAUUUCUGA